AGCUUGUUCUCUCUGCAGGCCACCGAGGUUGUUUUCUCCCCAGUGUCACCUGAGGUAGCUGUGCUCAUGUCCAGGAUAGUUACCCUGUUAGUGAGCGACACCAAGCAGGCUGGCCCCCGUAGAAUGCAGGGCAAACCGCGUGUAGCUUCUAAAGUUAGGUCAUAGAAAGCACUGGAGCUUUCACCUAGGUCUCUCGGAUCACACAUUCUGAGGGAAGCCACAGCAUGAGGACGCAAGCUGUCCUGCGGAGAAGCCCUAACGGGGAGGAACCCAGGGCCCAGACCAAUGGCCAGUACCAGGCUGCGGGCUCUGCAGUAAACGAAGGGGACUCAAGCGUUGCCACGGAGCUACAGGAAGAGGCUGAGGAAAAUCCUAGCCCUGUUGUGGAUGAGAAUAAUGUAGUAUCGACCAAAAAACAGGGACCGAGCACACAUAAUUGGAGCGGUGACUGGAGCUUCUGGAUCUCCAGUUCCACCUACAAAGACAGGAACGAGGAAUACAAACAGCAGUUCACCCACCUGCCCGACUCGGAGAAGCUGAUAGCAGAUUAUGCUUGUGCCCUUCAGAGGGAUAUUUUGCUUCAGGGGAGGCUGUACCUUUCAGAAAACUGGCUGUGUUUCUAUAGCAACAUCUUCAGAUGGGAAACUACAAUUUCCAUUGCUUUAAAGAAUAUAACCUUCAUGACCAAGGAGAAAACUGCUCGACUCAUCCCAAAUGCUAUCCAGAUCAUCACAGAGGGCGAAAAGUUUUUCUUUACGUCUUUCGGUGCCAGAGACAGAAGUUAUCUAAGCAUAUUUAGGUUGUGGCAGAAUGUAUUAUUAGAUAAGAGCCUGACCAGGCAGGAGUUCUGGCAACUACUCCAGCAGAAUUAUGGCACGGAGCUGGGUUUAAAUGCUGAAGAAAUGGAAAACUUGUCAUUAUCAAUAGAAGAAAAUGUGCAGCCAAGAAGUCCAGGAAGAAGCAGUGUGGAUGACUCUGGGGAAAGAGAUGAAAAGUUCUCCAAGGCCGUCAGCUUUACACAGGAGUCAAUUAGCCGAGUUUCAGAAACUGAAUCCCUGGAUGGAAACUCACCAAAGAGAGGAUUAGGAAAAGAAGAGCUCCAGAGUGAGAAACAUUUGAAAAAAAGCCCUUCACUAGUUUCAGAGAAGAGGUUAAGUAGAGCGCCCUCCAAAUCACUGGACUUGAAUAAAAAUGAGUACCUUUCUCUGGACAAAAGCAGCACUUCAGAUUCUGUUGACGAAGAGAAUAUUCCCGAGAAAGACCUUCAAGGAAGACUUCAUAUCAACCGUGUUUUUCACAUCAGUGCUGAGAGAAUGUUUGAAUUGCUCUUCACUAGCUCACACUUUAUGCAGAGAUUUACUAAUUCUAGAAAUAUAAUAGAUGUGGUAUCUACACCCUGGUCAGUUGAGUCUGGAGGCGAUCAGCUGAGAACCAUGACUUACACUGUAGUCCUCAGUAACCCACUUAUGGGAAAAUGCACUGCGGCCACGGAGAAGCAGACUCUGUAUAAAGAAAGUCGGGAAGCACAGUUUUAUUUAGUAGAUUCAGAAGUCCUGACACAUGAUGUUCCCUACCACGACUACUUCUAUACGUUGAAUAGAUACUGUAUUGUCCGAUCUGCAAAGCAGAGAUGCAGACUGAGAGUUUCCACAGACUUGAAAUACAGGAAACAACCGUGGGGCAUUGUCAAGUCUUUAAUUGAGAAGAAUUCCUGGAGCACACUGGAGAACUAUUUCAAACAGCUUGAAUCAGAUUUAUUAAUGGAAGAGUCUGUGUUGAAUCAAUCCAUUGAAGACCCUGGAAAACUCAGUAGCCUACGGCGGAGAAGGCGGACCUUGAAUCGAACGACAGAAACUAUUUCUAAGCUGUCCUCUCAGUGUUCUUCUAUAGACAUGGGCUUCGAGGCCAGAGGGGAUAUUUCAGGAAAGAGAAAGACUGUGGACAGCUGUGACACCGCUCUGAUAGUGGUGAUGAGUGUCUUUUUGCUGUUGCUAGUUCUGCUGAAUGUGACGUUGUUUCUGAAGCUGUCAAAGAUAGAACACGCUGCUCAGUCCUUCUACCGGCUCCGCCUCCAACAAGAAAAACCUUUUAGUUUAGCCUCUGAUAGGUUCUCAAGAACAGAAAAUAUUCAAAAGAACAAAGAUCAGGCCCACCAUUUAAAAGGAGUGCUCCAAGAUUCCAUAGUGAUGUUGGAACAGCUGAAGAGCUCACUCAUUAUGCUUCAGAAAACCUUUGAUUUACUAAGUAAGAACAAGACUGGGGUUGCUGUGGAGAGCUAGUGCUGAGAUGCAGAAAUCACAGAGACACCUGGACCUAAAAGAUGACAUCUGGAAGGAAACCGAGGAUGAAGACUGUCACUGUCACAGGACCAUUUCUGAUAUUUUCAUUACUGAAUUUCUACUAGAAAAGCUUAUUUAAAUAACAUUUACUUGGUGAUUACUCUCCAACAGCCUUAAGUCUUUUCACUUUGUAUAGAUAUUUCUAAGCUGUGAAUUUCUCCAGUGAACCAUGAAAUAUAUUUUGGAAUUGAAAUUCUGUGACACAAAAGGGGAAGGGAGUCACCUGAGCAUGGUGGCCUUUCUUUUUUCUGUGCUGAGGCUUGUAAGCUGACCCUUUAAAUUUAUCUGGUAGCACAGAGUGAGUCCCUGUGUGUCCAGUGGGUUGUGUUCAACACUGAGUUUAAGAGCCUAAAAAGCUAGAGAAGAAACCCCUCCAUCAUUUCUCACUUUAAAGGAUCAUUUUCUAGGCACAUAGAUCCCAGGUUUGUAUCUUUAAACACUACAGUCUCUUCAUUGAAUUAGCAUGCAAGGGCAGUGGUCAAACCCUUUGAAUCUCCAUGUUGUCUGAAAGAUUCAUUGGCUGUGUUGUAUCUUAAUGAAGGAAUCACACACACACACACACACACACACACACAUCUUAUAUGUAUUGGAGGUAAGAUUAUCCUUCAUAUAUAAAAAAGACAGGGAAGUAAUUUAGGAGAAGGAAGUAUGUAGGAUACCAAUGCUCAGAAUGAACUGUUUUUAGUUUUCGAAGCCAGAAGAUUAUGAUAAAAUCUGGGCAUUUCAUGAAGGAUCAAAUGAAUCCAUGAGCUAUGCUUGGGUUCAGUUUAGCAGUCUCUAAGGUGGAAGUGACCCAUCUGAUUGAAAAUAAUCUAUCAUUUCUCAGUAGCUGCUAUAGAUAGCUUCAUUCUUUACACAGGUGUGCGGCUUGUAUUGUUAGAAAAUUAUAAGCUGGGCUCCACAAUACAGACUGUGGGGCACAUGCACACUGCCUGAAGAGGACCAAGCUUGGGCUUCCAAGAAAGCUACUCGGGCAUUUGCCUCAACACAGGCGGUUUGUGAAAAUAAGGACUUGAAAUCAGAUCUGAUCCCUAGGGUUUAGGAAAGGUUCAGGGCAUAUUUAUUGUUUUGUUCUCUACAGGUCUUUCUUUGGAACAUGGACAUACUAUAUAUAUAAUUCUUUUUUUUUUUUUAAGACAGGGUUUCUCUGUAGCUUUGAAGGCUGCACUGGAACUUGCUUUGUAGACUAAUCUGGCCUCGAACUCACAGAGAUCUGCCUGCCUCUGCCUCUUGAGUGCUGGGAUUAAAUGUGUGAGCCACCACUGCUUGGCAUAUAUUAUUGCUUGAACAACCAUUAAUUAACUUUAGUGAAAUGUUUCCUUUUAGUGCCACCAAAGCCAAAUGGCAUUGCUAACAACAUUUCCAAAUGCCUUAAGGAAUGAAAAUACUGACUAGAAGGAAGUGGGUUUCUCUGGAUGAAUCCCAACUAAUCUACCUGGAGACAGGCGGGAUGCAGACUAUAAACUCCGUCUAUUUUGUUUGCUUUUGUUAAGGACAUAUGAAGUAUCUGGCUGUGAGCAAGAGUGACUGGAUUAGAAACUUGAAAUUGUUAAAUUUAGAAAAAUGUUAACUGUUAAAGUGAAUGUUUUUGUGGUUUCUCUCAAACUACUUUAUAAUAUACCUCAAAGAUUACCAACGUUGCUUUGCAGAUAAGACUAAAUAUGUAUGCAGAAUUAAUAAAGUCUGAAUCUGUUAUGUAGUCUGAUUUCAAUAAAACCCAAAAUAUCUUAA